UUAACGUAUAACAGUAAUGUCUCUCAAGUUGAACAUUGACAUUGUGGUCGUGUUCUAUUUUGCUUCUCUGAGUGCUAUCACUGCCCAAUAUUCAGUAAGUGCGGAGAGACCAUGUCCAAUGGAAACAGUCACUUUCACCUGCACUGCUCCUGGAGAUUCCUUGAGAUGGGUACCAUCAGAUACCUCAGCUCCCAUCACUGUUCGCAACACCAUUGAUCUCAAUGUAUCGCUAAUGCAAUCAGGUUACACUGUGAAACUAACUGCAUUCAAUGACACUACAUUAACAUCAACUCUGUCAAGAACAGCAGAGAAUGGGAUCACUGUGUCCUGUGUGGGGUUUGUGCCUGUAAGCACUAUAGGGUCUUCAACAGUGCAAUUGGUUGAACCACCAGGACCACCUUCCACCAUAAUAAGACACUCCACUCCAAGCAGCUCAGCCAAUGAAGUUAAUGUGACUAUUGAUUGGGACCUUCCUGCUGAGACUGGUGGUAAAGAUGACCUCACCUACACAGUGACCAUCUCAUCUUUGACCCAGCUCUCUGCUACUGUCCUCACAUCCACCUCUGUCACUGUGACUACUCAAUACAAUGUGGACUACACUGUCAGUGUUGUGGCUACCAACUGUGCUGGGAACAGUACGACUGCUGAGUACAGUUUUAGGAUUGUUUCGUGUGUCCUGCCUGCCCCUCCACUCAAUGGAACAUUACUCAACACCAACUCUCAGAACACUAGCCUAACCGAGGGCUCAGUCAUUACCUUCCAAUGUGAUCCUGGGUUCUCACUGGUGGGUGUAGCAACUGCCACUUGUAACAACUCUGGUCUCUGGGAUCCUGACCCGGCUCUAUUUAAGUGCUCAUACCCAGAAACUGGAAAUGUUACUGCUGUAGCUGGAGGUGUUGUUGGUAGUAUAGUGAUCAUGGUACUUAUCAUCCUGGUGGUGAUAGUUCUGUUGGUGGUUCUCAGAGGAAAGAGAGAAGAGAGUGUAAGACUUAAAUCAAAUGACAGUAUGGAAAUGGAUGAUAAAUUUGAUGCCACAGUGGAGCCGGUAAUCUAUGCUGCCCUUAGCUCCUGCCAGCCCCGCAAGAAAGGCAACACGACUGCCACAGUGGACCAUCAUCAGGUGACUUAUGCCACUGUCGAUGCUGAUGCCACCAGAAAACAAGCAGCUAAAACAGUCACUAUCCCAGCUAGCCCAACAGCCUCAGCCUCGGCAGAUGUGGACAAACUCCUGGACAUUGACCAGGCCUUGGUGCAGAUCAGGUCAAUGAAACACAAGUGGAGAGAGCUGGCUGAGACUAUGAGGCUGCCAGAGACAUUGAUCGAACAGAUUGAGGAUUCAUGUUGCAAUGACAGUGCUGGCUGCUUGACGGAGGUGAUUAACCAAUGGAGUUGCUCUGGACAACCAACGUGGAGGGAGUUGACUAACCAUCUCAGUAAGAUUGGGGAGGAGCAACUGGCAAAGGAACUCAUGACUAUCUACGACAUUAGUUGUCUCCCUGUGGAGUUGAGCUCUUGUUUGGCAGCACCAAAAACAUUGCAUAAGUACGACAAAACCUCUCCCCUCCCCUCUCAAUUCCCCACAGUGACCGAUGACAGCCCUGUACUGCUAAAUACACUUCCUCCGUCACGCCCUCCAAAACUAACUGGUGAGAUGGUUCCAGCCCGUCCCCCUAAACCAGCCCCUAACAUCGAACCCCCGGCACCUCCACACCCCUUUAAGCACUAGGUUUGUGGUAUGGCAUUAAACAAUUCUUUUAGCACAAGAUCAACUCAAUACAUGCAUGAAUUCACUUUUAUUUUGUGCUGUAGUUUGGUCACCAUCACUUAAUUUUCAGCUUACAUGCUUAACACAUCAAAGUUUGUUAUUCGUUCAUUUUACUGCUGUUUUAAAUCACUUUUACACAUCAA